AUAGCCACGCUAAAAAAUAUUGUUUUUGAUGGAUUCAGAUUAAAAAUAACCAGCCUUCAGUCAGUUUGCAGCAGCUACGGUGUAGCGGCACCCAGAAGUGAACAAAGCGACCCGGAAGCGCUGAACCAAUUGGAGGCAGGCAGAAAGAACAUCAACAUUUUAUAAAGCCAGACAAAAUCUGCAAUCGGGACAUCAGGAUGGCUGAGCCUCGAUUCAACAACCCCUACUUCUGGCCUCCGCCUCCUUCCAUGCCUAGCCAGCUGGAUAACCUGGUGCUCAUCAACAAGAUCAAGGAGCAGCUGAUGGCUGAGAAGAUCCGACCCCUGCACCUGCCGACCAAUUCAGCCCCCUCCCAGCAAACCCUGCUGGUGGCCUCCUCCCCCUUGGACGGGGGGCAGCACAGCAUGCUCAUGCCCAAGUCCCAGCAGGGCCAGCAUCACCCCCAGGGCUCGGUCCAGCAGCCCGACAUCGCCCUGCACGCCCGCACAGCCUCCAGCUCUGUACCAGAAGUGAAUAUGGAUGACAAGUCAGCAGUGAAGGUUAAAGGACUGUGGGAUGAGUGGCACAUGCGACAGAUCGUUGAGCAGCCCUCUAGAGUCAACCAUCGGUCAGUCUUCAUGUGCCCAUACACAGGUCUGGCCCCUAUGUCCCGACCGGACAGCCACAGCACUUCAGAGGCCCUCACCCCCACCUCCAGCAGCCAGAACCGACUGGGAGGGACCCCAUCGGUCAACAUCAUCUCUGGGCUGGCUAGCGGCCCGGGCAUGGAACAGAUGAAGAGCGGGGGCCUGGCUGGACUCCUCGGCCCACCACCCAAGACUCCCCGUGGGCGGAAGAAGAUCAAAGCGGAGAGUGGAGGGCCUCUGCUGGUCGUGCCCUACCCCAUCAUGGCCUCUGGCGCCGACCAGGGCUGUAUCACCUUCCCUGCCAAAGAGGGCAAAACCUACAGAUGCAAAGUGUGUCCGCUCACCUUCAUGUCAAAGUCAGAGAUGCAGAUCCACUCCAAGUCCCACACGGAGGCCAAGCCCCACAAGUGUCCCCACUGCUCCAAGUCCUUUGCCAACGCAUCCUACCUGGCCCAGCACCUCCGCAUCCACCUGGGAAUCAAGCCCUACCACUGCUCCUACUGCGAGAACUCCUUCCGCCAACUCUCGCACCUGCAGCAGCACACCAGAAUCCAUACUGGUGACAGACCCUAUAAAUGCGCGGCCCCUGGAUGUGAAAAGGCCUUUACCCAGCUCUCUAACCUCCAGUCCCACCAGAGGCAGCACAACAAAGACAAGCCGUACAAAUGUCCCAACUGCUACCGUGCCUACUCAGAUUCAGCAUCGUUACAGAUUCACCUGUCAGCGCACGCCAUCAAAAAUGCUAAGGCGUACUGCUGCAACAUGUGUGGCCGGGCAUACACCUCAGAGACCUACCUUAUGAAGCACAUGUCAAAACACACGGUAGUGGAGCACCUAGUGAGCCACCAGUCCCCCCAGAGGACUGAAUCCCCCAGUAUCCCAAUACGAAUCUCUCUCAUCUGAAUUCAGCAUUACUGUAUGUUGGUUGUUGUAUUCUUUUUCUAUGGAAGGCUGACGUUUAGGGGCCCUGCACAUAAGUCCAUUGACCCAAGGCCUACAUAUGCAUCACAUGACACCUGACAUUCAUUUACAAACCCUUGUUCCAUUUUUACACAGAUUGGGUCGGUUAAAAUAAAAACGAGCAUAGCACCUUCUUUGCAAAGGUUUAUGUCAAUGGGAACAAAUGUCGGAUAAUGUCUCGUGUUGGAUACAACUGAGCACUUACAAAGGCUUUAUGCAAACGGUCUUAUGCAUUGGCCCUUAACAUUUUAAUGUUACAAAAACAUUAUUCCAUUACAUUUAUUAUAUAUUUUUUCAAUAUUUUCCCUUAUACCUAAACUAAAUGGAUUCAUAUUUUCUGGGUGUGUUCUGGUGACAUCCAAAGAUCAUUUUAAAGCGCUCUCAGGCCUUGUGGUUUUGGAUCCAAAUGUUUUUCUAUCUUUUCCGAUGGAAAUGCAAAAAGAUUACUUGAGGCAGCUAAGAGUAUUGACUGUGUCUAAUCAAAAGUCUGAUGUUUUUUGGUGAAUUUUUUUUGUUCAAGCAAAGUUUACAGGGUCAGACUUCAAAAGCAGCAUUUUAGAGAAAAGCAAUUGGAACUAUGUAGACAAUUCGGUUGUCAGGUUGUUUCUCGUGGAGGAAUGGUGAAACAGUGCACCAAAAUGUAAAAACAAAAUAAUGAAUGUUUACUGUUUCAUCAAGAUCAGUUCAAUUGUCAUGGUUAAUAUAAUCAAGAUCAUAUGGGUUAUAUGAUCAGACACUAAUUAAAUCAACUGAACUUUUCAGACGUUUUCCUUGUGGCCAGGUAUUACAUAUGUGAGUUAGUGGCUUUGCACCUACGUGAGGCUAGUCAAGAUUCAUUGGGAAAACAAGUUAACAUUAGCUAGUGCGUCAGCUUUAUGGCUUUACUUGGUACUGCCUACACAAAGCUAUCAAGAUGAGCAUUACAAAUGUUAUGAACAGUCAUGUCAGCUUUUGUAAAGUAACUUCUGAUGGUCAUCAUAACAUAACACAAGCUGUUGUUAGCAAAGGUGAUAGAAAAGGAGAGUAAUGCUCUCUGUCAUGAUAGUUCUAAGUCACAACCUCUUAUGUUGACAAGUUGGUAAUGUGGUUAGGUCUAUGUUACUAGAGUAACUACAUUUCUAUUCUGAAUAUAUUUAGAGAAAUAUAUAGCAAACAUACAUUUAUUGGAGGUGAAAUAUUUUGUAUUUUUAUUGACUUCUACUUUGUUAUACUCUCACUGGUGUCACAUUACACUUCACAAUCAUAUCACCAAGUCAAGUUAAAGCUAUUUCCCAGCCUGGUUACAGAGGCCUGUGCUGCUUUUUUGAAGAAAAAAAAGUCAAUUACAUAGUUUAAACAUGACAAUGAUAUUUGAAAGUACAUGGUUGGACCAAAUAGUUAGCCAAUAUUAAACCUAAUCCCAGUACAUUCAGGAUUGUUUUAUCUUGAUUUGUGAAACUAAUUCUCAACAGGUUUACAUUUUAACGUGCAGUCAGUAUGAGUUUGUUCAAACCAUAUAACUUCAUAUGAUGGUAGUGUUACUGCAAGUGUUUCUUUCAUCAUGGUAUGCACACAGUAUUGUUGUAUUUUUACUGUAAUUUUACCUUCUGGUUGCUCUGGAUGGUACUAGUAGCCUGUAUUCUUCAGGUUACUUAGGACAAGGUGCUAAGGCUAGAUGUUUAUUUGAGAUGGAACUGAGAAUAUUGUUAAAUACAUUCAUAGUAUGUUUAAAAAAAAAUACAAUACAAGCCACUGGCCUGGAAAUAAACAUUUAUGCCAACAGACUCUGCCACUUCAAUUUACUCUCUUCCGAGAAAAAAAUUGGUCAAUGUACCGUUUCAUAACGGUUUUGUACAGUUAUGUUUAUGUAUGAACUUACUGUAAUGAUUUGUAUUUCUGAAUAUUGAUACUUUUUAUAAAUAUUCAUGUUUUAUAUCAGUUAUUUACGUAUAAGCCUUAACAAUUGUAUCAUUGAACUACCAUUUUAUUUCCAUAUUCAGUAUUGUGUUCUUCAGUAUUUGGUCUUGUAAACAUUUUGUUAUUUUUCCGGAUGGAAUAUACGAACUGUAAUCUGUAUAUGAAUUAACUGUUAACCUAUAUUCUCUAUGAAAAGAUAGUGCAGAUUUAUUACACAUUUCUUGUCUUGCUUUGUGAUUUCAUAUAAAGUUUCUAAACAACUUAAUAUGCACACACAAGACAGAAGUAAAACUAAGAAGAUCAAUGUUUUAAAAAAUAAAAUAUCUUUACCUUGUUUAAUAAACAGACUGUUAUAAACACA